AUGCUCCUUCACAUAAAUAACCACCGCUGGGAGCUGGAGGCGUCCAUCACCGCCCCCACGUACGUCCGUUCUUGCGUGCGAGCGACGGACCCUGACUGCGGGGUGAACGCUAUGGUGAACUACACCCUGGCAGCAGGGAAAAUCGCGUCGGAGCAACUCCUGGUGCGCAGCGACUCCGGGGACGUCUGCGUGCGGUCCGCCCUGGACCGCGAGGUGGCCCCCUAUCUGGAGCUGCCAGUUAUCGCGACGGACAGAGGUGGACUCAGCACCACGGCCAUCGUCAGGGUGCAGGUCACGGACAUCAACGAUAACCGACCCGUCUUUGACCCCGACCGGUACAACGUCACCCUGCGCGUCGACGGGCCCGCCAGCGGCCCCGUCCUCAGGGUCUCCGCCAACGACCUCGACGCCGGCCUCUUCGGCCAGGUCGCUUACAGGAUAUCCAGCGGAAACGAGGCCGGCGUCUUCAGGAUAGACCGCGCCUCCGGCGAGAUCCACGUCGCCAGACCCGGUCUGCUCUCCAGGUCCCAGACCCAUCGGCUCAACGUCACCGCCACCGACGCCGCGGGGCUGAAGAGCAUCGGCGACGCCGACGUCAGGAUCACCGUCUCCACCCAGUCCAACGGGAUCCCCGUCUGCGAGAGGCAUCGCUACACCUUCCAGAUCAAGGAGAGCGUCCCGCAGAACUCGGUCGUGGGCGUCGUCAAGGAGGCCACCGGUCCAGUAGAAGCCGGUGACCAUCCCACCAGGUUCUUCCUCGUCUCCGAGGAGCUGGACCUCUCUCUGGACCCCACGACGGGAAUUCUCCGCACCCGGCUUCCUCUGGACCGAGAAACCCGAGAAAAGUACCUUCUGAGCGUGGCUGUCAGGAGCGGCAAUCUGAUUGGCUACUGCCAGGUGGAACUGACCGUGGAGGACGUGAACGACAACCCCCCGUCCUUCAGCAGCAGCAGCGUGCGAAUUUCCGUCCCCGAGUCGCACCCCCUGCACUUGCCCCUCUACGUGGCUCAUGCCGAGGACCCGGAUGGCGUGCCGGGGUCCCCGAUUCGCUACCACCUCGCCCAGAACAGCAACGACCUCUUCGGCAUCGACUCGAGGCUGGGGGAGGUCUACCUGGCGCGCAGAUUGGAUUACGAGACCCAGCAGAGGCACGGGCUCUUGAUCAGCGCCCUCGACGGGGCCGGGCUCUCCGCGAAUCUCAGCCUCGGCGUCGAGGUGCAAGACGUGAAUGACAACCCCCCAGUGUUCGAGAGGAACGAAUAUCACGUGGAGGUUUCCGAAGGCGCCAGGCUCGAUUCGCAGAUCCUCCAAGUGACGGCCGUCGACCUGGACACGGGCAACAACGCCCGGCUGAGCUAUCGUCUUCAGGGUUCGCCGUCCUUUCGCAUCAGCCCGAACACCGGAUGGAUCUUCCUCGCUCAAAGCCUCGAUCGCGAGGCGAUCGAUCGAUACGCCCUGACCGUUCUGGCGACCGACAAUGGUUCCCCGGCCGCGACUGCCAGCGCCUCCGUCCUCGUCACCGUCCUCGACGACAACGACAACGAGCCUCGGUUCGAGAGAGGCUCCUACGUCUUUGAUCUCCUGGAGAACCUGCCAUCCGGAACCCUGGUGGGCACCGCCGCCGCCACCGACCCCGACCUCGGGAAGAACGCUUUGCUGAGAUACGCCAUCGUCCAGCAGAACAGCAGCUUUGCGAUCGACUCAGACACAGGGGAGAUCACGACGAGGGAGCCCCUGGACCGCGAGUCUCGAGGGGUUCACGAGCUGGUGCUGGAAGCCAGGGACCAGGGGACGCCUCCACGAGCUGCCAGGGUUCCCCUCAAAGUCACGAUUAUGGACGUCAACGACAAUUCCCCGGAGAUAGUCGACCCCCAAGGAGACGUGGUCAGCGUCAGAGAGGAGCAGCCUCCGGGCACCGAGGUCGCCAGGAUACGAGCCCUGGAUGCAGACCUUGGCGAGAACGCCUCGGUGACGUACAGUAUUCUCAAAGAUCGCGACUCGGAUGGCUACAACGUCUUCACGAUCGACCCGAUAACGGGCAUGAUCAGGACGAAGGCAGUGCUGGACCAUGAAGAGCGAAACGUCUACCGGGUGUCCGUCAAGGCCAGCGAUGCUGGACGUCCACCUCGUCACAGCAUCCGAGCUCUGCGUGUCGAGGUCCUAGCCUUGGCGGACAAUAGGCCAACGUUCACGAGCAGCAGUUUGACGUUCACGGUGAGAGAAGACGCGAGCAUCGGCCACGCCGUGGGUUCCGUGUCCGGUGCAGGUCCCGCAGGACGAGUCGCCUUUACUCUGGAUUCCCUCACCCCGGAAAGCGAGUUCCCAGCUUUCGACGUCGACCGGGGAUCCGGUCAGCUGGUAGUUGCCCACUCCUUGGACCGCGAAAACGUCAGCGAGUACCAUCUAGAAAUUCGCGCCCUCGACACCACCUCCAUCGGCAAUCCUCAGAGCAUCGCCGUGUCCGUGAAAAUCCUGAUCGAGGACGCGAACGACAACCCACCGAGAUGGCCGCUGGACCCGAUCACGGUGAAGGUCUCGGAGAGAGCGACCAUCGGGUCCACCAUCUACAAUCUCACCGCUACCGAUCUCGACAGUGGUCCUAAUGGCGAUCUGCGGUACGGACUGGUAGCCGAGAUUCCACCGAGUGGUAGCUUCGCCGUGGACUCCUUGACCGGUGCUCUAACUCUAGCAAGACCCCUGGAUAGAGAGGACAGGGCGGAAUAUACGCUGGUCCUGCGAGCCAGCGAUAGGGCACCACCUGGAGAAAAUCUCGCAGCCACCGUCACCGCCAGAAUCGUCGUCCUGGACCAGAACGACAACGACCCCGUCUUCGUUGCGCCGGAAACGACGAAGUUGGCCGUCACCACUGACGUCCUUCCAGGAACCUCUCUGGUGAGGGUCGUCGCGGUCGACAGCGACAUCGGCAGCAACGGCCGCGUCUCUUACGUGAUCUCAUCGGGAAACGAGGAAGGUCGCUUCUCGGUUGGAUACGACUCCGGAAUCGUCAGCCUCGUGAGACCGAUGGUGAGACCAACCGAGCUGGAGAUCACCGCCAACGACCACGGAUCCCCACCUAGAAAGGCGAUCCUGAAGCUCACCGUGACCCCGGCAACGGGACAAGCCCCAGGUCCGCCCAGACUCCUUCUACCGAGUCCUGUAGCAAGGAUCUCCGAGGACUCCCACAUCGGCACCACUGUCCUGAACGUGGCCGGGCCUGCGAUCGCCGAUCAAGGAAACGUCAGCUUCAGCAUCCCUAGUGGCGUCGCCGACGACAAGUUCGCCAUCUCGCCGAACGGCCUGGUAACGCUGCGAGGGAUCCUGGACAGAGAGGUCACUCCCAGAUAUUUCGUUCCCAUUCUGGCGAGGUCCAACAAAUUGCUGGACCUGACCAACCUGGAGGUGAUAGUCCUGGACGAGAACGACAACAGCCCGGAAUUCAAACCGGGUUCCUGCUACACCCUGGCGGUUCCGGAAAACCAGGAACCGGCCGUUCUCCACACCGUGGCGGCACGGGACAUCGACGAGGGGAAGAACGGAGAAAUCCUCUACAACAUCGUCGGUGGUAAUAUCGGAGCAAAGUUCAAGCUGGACUCCUCCACCGGGGUCCUGUCAGCCUCCAGCCUCGACCGCGAGACCAUCUCGAAGUACGUCCUCACACUUUCCGCCAAAGAUCGAGGUCGACCUAGUCUGGAGGCCCGCUGCAACCUCACCGUGAUAGUCCUGGACGUGAACGACAACGCCCCGAGCUUUGAACAAAACCAGUACACCGAAACCCGACCUCGUCCGGUGCAGAUGGGUGGCUCUUCCCAGGACUUCAACAACUUCGGCAUCCAGCAUUUCGGCCAGUACGGUGCUGGGAGCUACCCUCCAAAUUUUAUCCCAGGGAAGUACGUGGCGACGGUUUCGGAGGACGUUCCGGCAGACUCCAGCGUGAUGUCCGUCAAGGCGACGGAUCCCGACCAGGGUACCAACGGGAAGAUCACCUACGCCAUAGCCGAAGAGACAUCUUGGUUAUUCAGGGUCGACAACCUGACCGGCGUCAUAACCACUGCCGGUCCUCUGGAUCGAGAACGUCGCAGUGUCUACAACUUCCUCGUGGUGGCCACCGAUGGUGGGAAAUACGACGCCAAGUCUACCUCCGUACCGGUGCAGAUCACGGUGAUGGAUGUCAACGACAACGCUCCCAUCUUCGAGGAAUACCCCUUCAGAGCCCGAGUUCCGUUGAGUUCGCAACCUGGACAAAACGUGGUUCGAGUGUCGGCCACGGACGCGGACAUCGGCGCCAAUGGAGAAAUUGUCUACUCCUUUCUACACGCCCAGGAUAAACCGAAGUUCCGGAUACAUCCAACAUCCGGCGUGGUGACGUCGACCUCGUCCCUUGCCCAGGAUAACGGGAGGGUCUACCACUUAGAGAUCGUCGCCAGAGACAAGGGCAACGUUCCUCUCAGCUCCAGGGGGAUGAUCGAAGUUCGCAUCGGCGACGUGUCGGAGCUGACCACCCUGAAGUUCCAGAACGACACGUACGAAGUCGUGGUCCAGGAGAACUCCCCAGUCGGCACCGAAGUCAUCCAGGUGACGGCGGUUAGGUCCGAUGGAAGACGUCACCACGUCUCCUACUCGAUCGCUUCCGGGGAUGAUUCGGAGACCUUCGCCAUUGACGAAGACAGUGGCCUGGUCAGGGUCAACGAGCCUUCCAGGUUAGACGCCGAGGUGUGGAAUGGAUUGGUCGAGGCCGACGAAGGGGUCGAAGAAGUCGACAGGACCAACUCUUGGGGGAGGUCUUUGGAGGGGCAGCAGACGAAGCAGACGCCUAGGGAGAGUGCAACGCGCGUCUUGACACUGGUCGCCAGGACCGUUGGUCCAGAUCCUUUGGAAGCCUACUCCAAACUCAUCGUCAGGGUGUCCGAUGUCAACGACAACCCACCAGUCUUUACGCAGAUUCAGUACUCCGCGACGGUCCUCGAAGGCAACACCAAGGGGAACUUCGUGGUCAAGCUAUCGGCCAGCGACGCGGACCAGGGUCUUAACAGCAGGAUCCUCUACCACAUCGUUGACGGUAAUCCCGAUAAUGCCUUCACCAUCAGUCCUCCAUACAGUGGCGUAGUGAGGACGAACAUCGUCCUGGACCGCGAGAUUCGAGAGAAGUAUCGAUUGACCAUCAUCGCCACCGAUCAGGGAAAUCCACAGCUGACCGGGACCGCCGCCCUUAGCGUCCGGAUCAUCGACGUGAACGACAACCAGCCCACCUUUCCAGAGCACAACGUCAUAUCCGUAUCCGAGGGAACCGCCAUGGGCACGGUCCUAACGACCAUCACGGCCAACGACGUGGACAGCUCCCCGGCUCUGAUCUACAAUUUCGGGAACUCGACGUAUUCCGGGCCCUUUGGCAUCGAUCGACACGGUGGGAAGGUGGUUCUUCGAGGUAACCUGGAUGCCGAGGAGCGAUCGGAGUACGCUCUUCAAGUCCUGGCCAGCGACGGGGUCCACGAGGCCAGCACCGAGCUGAUCGUCCGAGUCACCGACCUCAACGACAAUGCUCCCACGUUCCAGCAACCGGCCUACGUGGCGACCCUGUCAGAAGGACGAGAGGAUCUGCAGGAAAUCACGGCAGUGAACGCCACGGAUGACGAUCUGACCGAGGACAACAGCAGGAUCCGGUAUUAUCUGUUGAGGCCUGUCAAAGGAUUCUCGAUACAUCCUGGUACCGGGGUUAUAAUGGCGAACAGGACCUCCCUGCCAAGGCCCCUGGAAAAGGAGAUCGAGCUAGCCGUCGUUGCCGAAGAUUUUGGAAAACCUCCUCUAUCGUCCGUCUGUUCGGUCAUCGUCAGGUUGAGCAGCCUGAAGACCAGCCAGCCAGGAAAGGAAUACAAGGUGUCCGUCAAGGAGAACGCGAAGAAGGGCUCGAUCCUGAUGAGGCUGUCCGACGUGGACCUGCUGGACGGGAACGUGGUCUCCGGGGACGACAACGGGUCCUUCGAGGUGUCGAGAGGGAAGCUGAUCCUCGCGAGGAACUUAGACAGGGAGAGGAAGGAUAGAUAUGUCCUGGGACUCGGGUCCAGGGAAGACAACGCCACGGCCGCCAGCGUCUUGGAAACCGGCGAUUUGGUCACCGUGGUGGUCGUCGUGGAGGACGUUAACGACAACUACCCACGGUUUCUCGAAGAGUCCUACCAAGUCGCGGUUAAGGAGGACGCUCCGCGUGGAAGUACCGUGGCCAUCCUUCGGGCAAAGGACGAAGACCUUCCCGGAAGUCCCGCCGCCACCGUGGUCUACGAUAUUACCUCCGGCAACGACGCCGGUCUCUUCAGAAUAGACACCACGUCCGGCGCCGUCCUGGUGAACGCGACAUUGGACUGCGACCUGGGCCCAGAAGUACACGCUCUGGUCGUAAUGGCCUGCGACACCGAUCCCGUAACUCCUUUGUGCGCUCUGGCUCGAUUGAGGGUACGGCUCGAGGACGUCAACGACAACUCGCCCAAAUUCCCGGUUUCGGAGUACCUUGAGUUCGUCGGCGAGAACGAGCCCGUCGGUACCACCGUCUUCUCCGCCAGGGCGUCCGACCUCGACCGCGGCAUCUUCGGCACCCUCAACUACUCCAUCGUCUCGGCGGCUGCGACAGGAUUCUCCGAUAUCGACGACUCCUGGAGGCUCUUCGCGGUGGACGCGAAGACCGGGACCGUGACGACGAGGGCGAUAUUUGACUACGAGCAGCGCAAUCGGUACGCGUUUACGCUGAGAGCCACCGACACCGGUGGCAGGACGGCGGCGGUUCGAGUGAGGGUGGAAAUCGACUCCAGGGAUGAGUUUUAUCCUCAGUUCACCGAGAGGAUGUACAGGUUCGGAAUAAGGAGCGGCACUCCACUGCUCCCAGGCACUGUGAUAGGUCACGUCACGGCGACGGACCGGGACAAGGGUCCAGACGGUAGAGUGGUCUACCAGCUCACUUCCCAGCAUCCGUACUUCAAGCUGAACCGCACGACGGGGGCCUUGAUCCUCAAGCAGAAGGUGAACAUCGACUCCGACGUCGAGGAGUCCUCCAGGCUAGUGGUAUCGGCCAGUUCCGGAAGGCAAGGCUCCCUGUCCAACAUGACGGUUGUGGAGAUCAGGUUGGACGAAGACGGAGACCACCAUGGCUACCCCUCCUCGUCGUCGGGCACGUCAACGGAUGUGGGAUCCAACAUGGCCGUCGCCGCUGCGAGAGGGAUGUCGGACUGGGCCCUUGGUCUCCUCAUAGCUCUGCUUCUUCUGGUGGUCGCGUUCGGGGCUAUCUUCUUGUACCUCUACUUUAGGAACAAGCGGCACAAAAAACCUGGGACGAAGCCGGGGCUCAAUGGGGAGAGCAACGCCACGGCGUCCAACAGCUACGUGGACCCAAGUGCCUUCGACACGAUUCCUAUAAGAAGCGUCGGUAGUGGCGUCGGUGCCGGGGGUGGCAGCGGUGGAAGCGGCGUCACGGGGGGCGGGGGUGGUGGUGGUGCUUCUUGCCAGUUUGCCCCACCAAAGUAUGACGAGAUCCCACCAUAUGGGACCUCGGGUCAAUCUGGGCAACAGCAAGCGACCUCCGAGCUGUCCGGCAGCGACCAGUCCGGCUCUUCCGGUCGGGGGUCGGCGGAAGAUGACGGCGACGACGAGGAGAUCAGGAUGAUCAACGAAGGCCAACAGACGGGGGACUCCGCGAGCGAUCUGUCGGUGCACAACACCCAGGAAUACCUUGCCAGGCUAGGAAUAGUCGACCCCCCAGCUGGAACACCCAGAAGGCCGCCAGAGGCCCUACCUCUGGACAGCCUCCACCUUUUCGAGGACGAAGCUGCCACCGAGGCGGACAUCGCGACCUUAAUUUACGGGAAAAUCGGGGAACCCGGGAGAUCCACUUCGGGUCUCGAGGCACCCGGUGGACCCUCCAUGAACGGCUCCCUCAGCUCCAUAGUCCAUAGUGAGGAGGAGCUGACGGGGUCCUACAACUGGGACUAUCUUUUGGACUGGGGUCCCCAGUACCAACCGUUGGCCCACGUCUUCAGUGAGAUCGCUCGUCUGAAAGACGACGCGGCUAGUGUGCAAAGUGGGAACUCUGGGAGCAGCAGUAAAGGGAAAACUGUACAUAAGGCACCCCCGCCACCCCUCCUGACUUCUGUUGCCCCGAGAUCACUCGCGGCACCUGCGCUGGCCAGAGGGAUCCUUCCAAGAUCGCCCAUCAGCCACGACGCCUCCACCUUUCCUUCGGCUGCACUGAGUCCUAGUUUCUCGCCGUCCCUGUCGCCCCUCGCCACCAGAAGUCCCAGCAUCAGCCCUCUGGUACCCCCCACGACCCAGAGAUCGAACCCUGGUCCUCCAAGAGGCAUCCCAGUCGCCGAGGCGGAACUUAGGAUCUGAGACUGAAGAGGCUGAACCCUCUUCCAAGGCUUCACGGGCCUAAUCUGCGAUCGCCAUAACCUAGGACAUGGAAAUUCGCCUAACUUAAAUAUGAGGUCGAAAACAAAUUACGUUUAAGUUACCGUGAAUUGGGGUACUUACCGGGUUUACCGGGCGAUCGGUCUGAACGUACUCAUCGUGGAGUCUAGAUGGAAAUUACUGUCGUGGGUCGUAACUAUUAGACGAAGUACGUACGAUAAGUGAUAAUUGCGCUCAUCCCUGUCACACCUGUUGUACAAUACUUGGAUUAACGGACGUAUCGAUAUGUUGCAAUAUGUCAGUAAAUUAUCGGCCUCGCGAGCGACGUCGACGCGAACCUAUUGAAUUAAUGUAAAUACGGCAUUGUCGGAGCGGAUAGCUUGUAAGUAGAUCCUGUACAUAGGUCCUAUUAUUAAUUAUUUCGUUAUAACAAUCAAAAGAUAGACUGUCGUCGGAUCUUUGCGACGCUCGCGUUCGUCCUCGUGGAUCCUGGAGACACGACGGCGACGCUACUUUGGACUGUACAGUUGCGCGUAAAGUAGGUAGUAAUAUUCGAGAUUAAAUCGAUCGAUUGAUCGAUCGAGCCGCACUCAGAAGGGCCACGAGCGAACUGACCAUUAUCGUGGCGUUCCGUUUUCGAUGCGGAAGAACUACCUCGUUCCUCGUCUUCAUCCUCGACCUCGAGCUCGUUGUAAACGCGUUGGGAUUCGCCGAGGACAGGAAGCUCAUCGCGAGACACGUCGUUGGUGUCGCGCGAACGCAUGGAAACGUUAUAAAUAGAUAUACCAUAUUUUGUAUAAAAAUGCGGAAUUGUUCUCUCACGUUGUACAA